AUGGCAAAAGAGGAAGAAGAUUUAUCACUAGAAUCAGGAAUAUUUGAAGAACCAGAAAAUUUCCGUCCACCACCUCCAAAAUCACAUUUUGCAACAUAUGAAAGAAAAAUUUCAAAUGUUAAUCCAAAAACAAUUACAAUGAAAUUAGUUGGAAAUUCACCAUUAUGGGGUCAUUUAUUAUGGAAUGCAGGAAUAUAUACUGCUGAUUAUAUAGAUAAACAUCCGAAUUUAGUUAAAAAUAAAAGAGUUUUAGAAUUAGGUGCAGCAGCUGCUUUACCUUCAUUAAUUUGUUCUUUAAAUAAUGCAUCUGAAGUAGUUGCAACUGAUUAUCCUGAUCCAGAUUUAAUUAGUCAUAUUGAAUAUAGUUUUAAAGAAUUGGAAAACCAAACAAAAUUAAGUAAUUAUAAAGUAAAAGGUUAUAUAUGGGGAAAUAAUGUUAAUGAACUGAUAUAUGGAUCCAAAGAUUCAUUACCCGAUAAUUUAAAAUUUGAUUUAAUUAUAUUAUCAGAUUUAGUUUUCAAUCAUACUGAACAUCAUAAAUUGUUGACAACUUGUCGAAAUUCAUUAAAAUCAAAUGGAAAAUGUUUAGUUGUUUUUCUGCCUCAUAGACCUAAACUACUACAAGAUGAUUUAAAUUUCUUUGAAACUUGUAAAGAAUAUCAAUUUAAACCUGAAAAAAUUGAAAUGAUAAAUAUGAAACCAAUGUUUGAAGAAGAUGAAGAAACUGCUGAGAUUAGAUCAAGAGUAUAUGCAUAUUUUUUAAUUCCAGAAUGGUAA